AUGGCCGCUGAUCUCCCGUCGUUCUACGUGUUCCUCCUAGUAGUCAUAUUACCGCUCGUCUACUUGUCAUUCUCUCGCCGUCGGUCCGGCUCCGGCCACCGUCUUCCCCCGUCGCCUUGGGCGCUGCCGGUGAUCGGCCACCUGCACCACCUCGCGGGCGCGCUCCCGCACCGCGCCCUGCGCGACCUGGCUCGUCGCCACGGCCCGCUCAUGCUGCUCCGCUUCGGCGAGGUCCCCGUGGUGGUCGCCUCCUCCCCGGACGCCGCGCGGGAGAUCAUGAAGACCCACGACGUGGCCUUCGCGACGCGUCCCGUCGGGCCCAUGCUCCGCCGCGUGUUCCAGGGCGCCGAGGGCCUCGUCUUCGCGCCCUACGGCGACGCGUGGCGCCAGCUCCGCAAGAUCUGCACCGUCGAGAUCCUCAGCUCCCGCCGCGUCCAGUCAUUCCGCGCCGUCCGCGAGGACGAGCUCGGCCGCCUCCUCCGCUCCGUCGCGUCGGAGGCGGAGGCGAGACCGGUAGUGAACCUGUCCGCGCGGAUCGCGGCGUUCGUCGCGGACUCCUCGGUGCGCGCCAUCAUCGGCUGCCGUAGCGCUGACCGCGACGCGUUCCUGAGGAUUCUGGAGGAGGGGAUGAAGGUCGUUCCGGGGAUGAGCCUGCCGGACAUCUUCCCUUCGUCGCGCAUCGCGAUGCGCCUCAGCCGCGUCCCCGGCAUGCUCCAGCGCGGCCGCAGCGCCAUGCUCGGCUUCGUCGACACUAUCAUCAAGGAACGCCAGGAGAACAUAGCUGCCGCCGCCGCCGCCGCCGGUGAGGAACACGAGGACUUGCUUGACGUGCUCCCGAGGCUCCAGAAGGAGAUGGGCUCCCAGUACCCGCUCACAACCCUGAACAUCAAAACCGUCAUCAUCGACUUGUUUGUCGCGGGCAGCGAGACGUCGUCGACGAUGCUGCAGUGGGCGAUGGCCGAGCUGAUGCGUAACCCGACGGUGAUGCGGAGGGCGCAAGAGGAGGUCCGCAGAGAGCUCGCCGGCCACGACAGGGUGACGGAGGACAGCCUGAGAAACCUGCACUACAUGCGCCUCGUCAUCAAGGAGACACUCCGGCUGCAUCCAGCGGCGCCGCUCCUGGUGCCUCGCGAAUGCCGCAUCCCGUGCGAGGUGCUCGGGUUCGACGUGCCCCAGGGCGCGAUGGUGCUCGUCAACGCGUGGGCGAUCGGCAGGGACCCGGCGCACUGGGAUGCGCAGGAGGAGUUCGUCCCUGAGAGGUUCGAGGAGCAAGGUGGCAGCGCCGGCAGGGACUUCAAGGGGACGGACUUCGAGUUCGUGCCGUUCGGCGCCGGCAGGAGGAUGUGCCCCGGCAUGGCGUUCGGUCUGGCGCACAUUGAGCUCGCCCUCGCGGCGCUGCUGUUCCACUUCGACUGGGAUCUGCCGGAGGGCAUGGUCCGUGAGGAGUUGGACAUGACCGAGGCGGCCGGGAUCACCGCGCGCCUGAGGUCUGACUUGUUGGUGAUCGCCGUUCCCCGUGCCCAGGUGCCCAGUGAGUAA